AUUGCUGUUUGUGUUUUAUUCAGGAACUUCAGAUAUUCAUUCGAUAUUAACAAUAAAAAAAAUUCUUAGGAAGACAAAGUGAAGAAGGCUUUGUCAAGCGAAAUUAUGAAGAUAAAAGCUUUCAGGGUACCGACACGGAAAGCGAACACCUGGGGGCAACAUUUCUGCCUUGCUUCUCCGUCUUCAAUUGAGAACUGAGAAGGGCCAUUAUUAUAUUUACAGUCUUGAUUCAUCUUACAUGUUGACGAGCUUACCGCUUUCGAGUUACAAACAACCCAUCAUCACCCGUGCAGCUGCAAGUAUCGUGAUAACUCUAUUUUGCUGGAAAUAUUACACUUUCAUUUCUGUUUAACCCUGUCCAUUUUGUUCAAUAGCCUUCAAGAUUUUCGUUGAGCAGAAUCCUUUUGUCGCCGAACUCUGAAUUUAUUUAGUCGCUAUAGCCAUAAGUCGUAAUUCAUCUGAUAUGAUGUUAUUUUGCUUUUCCUCUUAUCUAGGGCACAAGAGUCUAGACGCGUUCAUCUGUUUACUAUGAUAAUCAAAAGUUGUUAUAUCUUUAAUUGGUCAUUUGAUAUUUUAUAAAAGUAAAGAAAAAUAUACACAUACGAGACCUCCAUAGUUUUUCAGUAGAAUGAAAUAACUUCUAGGGUGGUACCAUCUCAUGCCUUCUGGUGUAAUUGAUGACACUAGAUAUCUUACAUAUAAGCAUUUCAAACAAAAUUUUGGUGCUUUGUCACGUCCCAUGUGCUAGGAUGAAAAUGAUGGUAUACUAUCUUGUUCAUAGUGCAAGCAUAUUUUGUUUUUGAGGCCUGAUAAAUCAUGGCUAGCAGGUUGCUGGCAGCAUAUAGAUCUUUUAGAGCCGAAAUUGCUUUUCUGAUCUCAAAAGUUCAGAAAGCCAGUAUGGAUUCUGAUUCAGAGACAGUGGUGCACACUGGAGGGUGCCAUUGCAAGCGUGUGAGAUGGAAAGCUGUAGCUUCUUCUAGUGUUGUGGCAUGGGAUUGUAAUUGUUCUGACUGCUAUAUGAGAGCCAAUACGCACUUCAUCAUGCCGGCUGAAAGAUUUGAGCUUUUGGGUGAUUCAGAGAAGUUCCUCACAACUUACACCUUUGGCACUCACACUGCAAAGCAUACAUUCUGCAAGGUCUGUGGUAUAACCUCAUUCUAUUACCCACGCUCAAACCCAGAUGGGGUUGCUGUUUCAUUCAGGUGUGUUGACCCUGGCACGCUCAAGAGUGUUGAAAUCAGGAGUAUUGAUGGAAGGAAUUGGGAAAGCUCGUAUCGUCAAACUGGUAUCUCCUCAUUUUCAGAGGUGCAGAAGUAACUCCUUGUUACUCAAUCAGUUGUGGAUUGUAUUCUAUUCCAUGUUACUGCCAAGAUUUUGUAUGUAUGGCUGUGACAAAAAUUAAAAAAAAAAAAAAAUCUCUUAAGGUCGGUCAAGGGUGUAGGAGUAUCUAUCCUAGUCUGAGAAUCUUCCCCUUCCUUCGCACACAUUUGCUACCUUUUCAGUUUAGCAUCUUGACGAGGAUUGUGUUCACAAACAAGAUUCCCUCACUCAUUUGAUUGGUGAAAAUUUUUUCAGAAUCCUUGUAAUUCCAUGGAUACGUUGGUCCAAGUUCACAACAUAUCCUUUCAGCGCUUUA